GAAGGAUGCAGGUUGACAAACCACAGCUGCGGGACACCAUGCACCCAGGAUCGGGUUAUGGCUUAUAGCAGACUCCUGCUGCUGCUGAUUGGAGUGAUAUAUCUUGUCCAGGCCAGACCCACUGACUUUUGGUGCAACCGUCAAGCCAGGAAAACUAUGGAGAAAAAGAUUCAGGGGCUGAGGACAGACAUGGUUGCCUGCGUGGGUGCAGACACUCUGCCCUCUCCUGUACAGCUGCCAUGUGUUUGGGUGCACGCAGCAGAAUGGGCAAAUCAAACUCUCCAGCAGAAGUGUGCAGAGGUGGUCGAGGCCCUCCGGAUGUUUCGAGCCGGCGUGCAGGGGACGAAGAAUCACUCCACAUCGGAGUGUCAGACCUCACUGUUGGAGAAACUGGAGCAUCACAUCGCAAACUACGUGGCCAUCGUCAGCAGGCAUCAGACACAGAACAGCACGGUGAUGCCGUCUCGCUCUGCAGUACGGAACUGUUCCAGCGUGAACUCUACCAGCAAAGUGCUACAACAGUACGGAUACCUGCUCAAGGGAAAACUGGAACGCCUUGCUGUUGACCUCCGAGACGACGUCCCAAAAGUGGAACAAAGGACAACCACGACUAAAGGACGUUGCAGCUAAUUUAACAAAAUGGAACGUAGCUCAUUUGUGCUGCUGAGCUGUGCUUUACUUUUGAGAACUGAUCCGAGAUGCGACAGGAUAUCAGGAGAUUGACCAGCACGUUGUGGACUAAGAGCCUCCAUCGUGUUGACGGAGACCCGAUAGGAAAGGACUAGGUUUGGGAUUGGCGGACAGAACGGUGUAGUAGUGGAUAUGAUCUGUUGUUUUUGCCAUUUAUACUGGAAAACGAGGAUGGACACGGGCAGAAACUAGUGAGUGGCUUUGAAAACCAACGGAGAUCAUAAAAACUCUCAGGGAGCGAUGGUUUCUUGCAGAUCUUCUAAAAGUUCUUCUUAAAGGUGCAGUGUGUGAUGCUUGGCCACAUGCUCCAAACAAAUGGGGGGGCAGCAUUUCACCUCUUCACUGGGUCCAAUCAAUCAAAAUCUACAGUCGUUAGACCCAAAAACCAACGAUGAUGUGUGGCGUCGGCCUGUAGUUGACGUUAUAGCUUGCUUGGCUCAAUUUGAGCAAGAAAACCAACCAAAUCGCAAACAUCGACGCCAUUUUUAAUGUUUUACCUUACAGUGAGUUGUUUCCGUUUGCUACACUAAACAAUAUUUUUGCCAAAUAGCCAAGGUUAGACGGUACCAGUCAGCAUCAAUCCUCACCUUAUUACUCGCCCAGAGAGACGUCUCUAUUGGUGGAAAGCCACGGUGGUGUUUGCUCAUGUUUUGCUUCUUUUUUUAAAUAUCUCUUCUGUUUCUUCUUUUUUUGCUGCAGAAUGGUGUUUCUUGAUCGGGAGCAGAUUUUUGAGAUGGUGAUAAAGGUUGCUUUGUCAAGAGCUGCAGCCAUUUUUGUGUUUACUGUUAUAGUAACCGGGGAAAGUACCUUUAACAUGGUUGUCAAUAAGCGCUGGGGACUUCCUCGUUCUCUCUUGUUGGACUGGAGGACUCGGUGCCAGAACAUUUCACAAGAGUUCAGGGUCCGACUAGAAUGCUGUUGUCACACUUUGGCUUUCAGUCAGACCCCAAAAACUAAUUUGUUCCCAUGUAUGUAUAUAUAUUUUUGCAAUGGACGCCACUUGCACCAGCGUUAAAAUGAGCAGAGUGUGGGCGCUUUGUUGGUUCUACUUGUGUGACAGGAAACUGUAGCUGUAGCGCCAUCUGUGGGUGCUGGAUGAGAGGUGCUCCGUGCUGGGCAUCUCAUCUCUUCUUCAUCUUCAUCUUUUAAACUGUCGAAGGCUGGCAAAUGUAACUCACUUCAUAUUUAAUAUUAUAUUCAACUCUCUUCAUAUGGAAAAAAGGAGAAAAAUAAAGCAGAAAAAAACAUUUAAAUGCAAAUAAGAUCUUCAAAAACUUGACACCGAUACAGUUAAAGAUAGACUUGGUGAUUUUGUUAAAGGGCCAGUGUGUAGCAUUUUGGACGAUUCAAUUAGCAUAAAUACAAUAUAAUAUUCAUAACUAUGUUUUUAGCAGUGUAUAAUCACCUGAAACUAAGAACCGUUAGCCCCUCAUGUCUACAUAGAGAGCAGGUCCUCUAGUCGUGUUAGUUCUGUCUGACAGGGCACUGUGUUUUCAU